UUCAAAUUCAAUUCAAUUUGCCAUUUCCUUCAAUUUCAGUGAGCGGCUUCGUUGAACUUCGUUCUAUUCCUACUCUUGGUUGCGCCGGUCCCGUCCAAUUGUAUUUUCACAUAAUAAACGGUUCAAUUAAAGUUUAAUACUUGAAAAUGUCUGUCCAAACGUUGCUGCUAGACUUCUCGAUCGACCCCGCCCGCCUGGGAGACGAGAUCGGCCAAAAAACAGUAUUCGGGCAGUUGGAAACCGUGCUGAAGGAAUACAUCCCGAAUCUUAUUUUAGCCACCGAGUUAAAGCUGGAAGGUGGGUCUUUGAAGCUGUUGACUGGCAAGAAGGGUUCUACGGUGUCUGUGAGACUGUUUGACCGUGGCCUUGUCACUGUAAACAUUGAAUAUUAUAAGGAGGAGAACGAGGAACCAUUAAUUAACCUCAAGUGCUCUAAACUACUGGAAAGUUCGGUAAGAAUGUCAUUGGACUGCGAAAGGGUAAAAUUAUUCCCGACAAUCAAAAGGGGUUAUAAAUAUGAUGUUUAUCUCACUAGUUCAGACGAUCGCCUACUAGAGUACGAUAUCGAUGCUGUAAUAUUCGAUGAACAGUCGCCUUUCCAAAGAGUUCAAAUCGUCCAUUCCAAGACUCUCGGCAAUAUGUUGGUGCUAGAUGAAUUACAAAAUAUCUCGGAGGCUGAUCUCAUUUAUACUGAAACUUUGAUGCAGAGAGGCAAGGAGAGCUAUGAAGGGAAAGAAAUCGUCAUCUUAGGUGGCGGCGACGGAGCUCUAUUGUACGAACUCCUCAAGGAGAAACCAAAGUACGUGUGGAUGCUGGAAAUUGACGAGGUUGUGAUGACCGCCUGCAACAAAUACUUGCGGUCAAUAUGCGGGGAUGUGCUGGAAACAAGAAAGGGCCCUAACUAUGAAGUGAUUGUAGAGGACUGCAUGCUGACUGUGAACAAGUUUAUCGCUGAUGGCAAGAAGGUUGACUAUAUAUUUGGUGACCUUACCGACAUUCCUAUCUCGGAGUCUGCGUGCGGAGAGCUCUGGGAAUUCAUGAUCACCAUCCUUAACUCCUCGUUCAAGAUUCUCAAGCCCAACGGGAAGUUUAUGACCCAUGGCAACGGCGCCACUUCCCCUGAAUCUCUGGAGCUAUACGAGCAGGAGCUUGCCAAGCUGAAGCCGCCGGUCAAGUACACGAAGAGCAAAGCCUUCGUGCCAUCGUUCCUAGAAGACUGGUACUUCUACCACAUAUCUUUCGCGACCACCGACAACGGGGAUGCUUAACACCACACCAAAGACAUAAAAGUAUUCACAUUUCUACUAAGUCAUAUUAAUGCCAUAUUCCUAGGUAUAAACACCACACAUAAUAAGUUAGAUACAGUGUCCAGAUUAAGGUGGAAUUACACCAUGAUACCAAACGAAAAUACUAAAAUAUAUCACAUAAAACCUUUCUAUGAUUUCACCUUGACCUGGACAAAGCAUAUGGUUUCUACGAAAGAAAUUGACGAUGAUUUUGUUAAGAAGUUAUUUUGUAUUAUUAAAAUUUAUGUUUUUCUGAGUUUUACAUUUGAUAUACAUUUGAACAGCUCCGCCAAUAACCCGCGGCGCGGGGUUGGCGCACCGUAUGGUAUUGAGGUAGCUAGUACGCCUGUAGCUUGUAAGAAAUGUAGUCACACUACACAAUUUUCCGUAUUAUUAGUAUUAGUUCGAAGUUUACUGUUAUUUCUAUUGAUAUGUGCUCGUUUCUUUAUUUGUUUUAUGAAUAUUAAAAGUAUUUUAACAACCAUUGUUGUUUCAAUUUUCAUCAUAUCUGUACAUGUUUUAAUUUUGAUACCUUGUUUUAUGAUAAAAAUGAAAGACUCCAAUGGAGUAGUCAAUAGCGUCUGUCGAUCAAGAUGUCGGGAAUUAUAACCAGAAUAAAUUGAAUCAAUAACAUAACUGGCAAAAAGUGGAAUUAAAUUUACUAGACUAGACUGGGUAUCCCUAGAGGAACCUUCAAAAGAAAAGCCAAACCAAACAGUUAUCAUUUAGGUAAAAGGACAAAAGACAAAACUAAAUGAUUCCAGGUUAUAAAAUAAUACUAACUACUCAACAAAAUAAAAAGUAACUUCAUUAUUCAUAACUUUAUAAAGAUAAUUUACAAAAAAUUACAAGACAUUUAUAUUUUACCUUAGAUACUUAUUUAUAUUCCAGUGUUCUAUAUCUUUAUAUGAUCACAGUACGAUAGCAAAGUGGAAAUGACGCGAAACCAUUAUAAAAGUUGCAAAAUAACACAUUAGAUUCUUGUUGAAAGUAAGAUCUGUAAAAAUGCUGUUAUAACUUAAAUUUUGCUGAUUUAUAAUUCGCAACAUAAAUACAAAAUUUAUUGUCAGAUUUAACUGAAAGCCACCCGUUUAUUAUUCAGACGUUGCGCAAUUUACGUCUAAAAUUUCAUUAUUUGUACCAUGUUACAGAUCUUCUAUUAUUAUACAAAUAUAAAGUUAAACACAGUA